GCCCGCGGCAUUAUCAAUAUCCUUUAUCAUGACCGGGAUAACACGAAUCACAAUUACAUGAAAUAUUUCAAUAUUGACAUAAUAUUAUGUCGUACGCACCGUGCACGUCUUGAACCUCGGGAUUCCGGGCACGGAUUGUAGUAUUAUAAUUUAGGACGUGAGACGUGACAGCGACAAUAGUGACAUACUAUAAUAAUAGUAUUAUAUAUUAUUAUAGAAUGUCUAUACUGUCACGAGUGACAGACCAAUGAGCAAUAAGUACUUAACUUUCACGAGAAUUUUUUUUUAAUUACAGUUCUUGUACUCUGGAACAGAGGUUGCGUUUCGAGCUGUGUUUUAAUAAUUGUAUAAUAGGCAUACGUGACUUACGACGUCGAAACGAUGAUAUUGAAAAUCAUAUCUUCCACCAUGAAGACGGUUUACACGGCGACAUGCUUAAAGAUGAAGGAUGACACCAAAUUUCGAUUAAUCCCUGGAACACUUAUUGCGCUUGGCAUAUCAUACAGUACGGUAGCGGCGAAAUCAUUGGCUAUUGACAAAUUCAUGGCAGACACUGUUACAGACUCACAAACAUUAAAAAGCAGACCUGAAGAUAUGAAAACAAUCAUGGAGCUUAUGAUUAUGAAUAUACAAGCUGAAUUUUGUCGAGCACUUGAAAAAGAAGAACCGAAAGUAAAAUUUAUAGUAGAUCGGUGGGUAAGACCUGAAGGUGGUGGUGGAGUUACAUGUGUAAUGCAGGAAGGAGAAGUUUUUGAAAAAGCUGGUGUUAAUGUUUCUGUAGUUCAUGGUAAUUUACCUCCCAGAGCAAUCGAUCAGAUGAGAGCUAGAGGUAAAAAUUUUAAAGGUGGCCAAAUACUUCCAUUCUUUGCAGCAGGUGUCAGUGCAGUGAUACAUCCGCGCAAUCCCUAUGUGCCUACUAUACAUUUUAACUAUCGAUACUUUGAAGUUACUCUACCUGAUAAUACAAUAGAGUGGUGGUUUGGUGGAGGUACUGAUUUAACUCCUUAUUAUCUGAAUGAAGAAGAUGCCGUCCAUUUUCAUCGUUCAUUAAAAAAUGCUUGUGAUCAACAUGACAAAGCGUACUAUCCUAAAUUUAAACGUUGGUGUGACGACUAUUUUAAUAUACCACAUAGAGGAGAACGAAGAGGAGUAGGUGGUAUAUUUUUUGACGAUUUGGACACUCCAUCCACAUUUAGUUUUGUAAAGAGUUGCGCUCAAGCAGUUAUCCCUUCAUAUCUACCAUUAGUACAAAAGCACAAAAACGAUUUGUAUAAUGACAAAGAAAGAGAAUGGCAAUUGCUAAGACGAGGGCGGUAUGUUGAAUUCAAUUUGAUAUAUGACAGAGGUACAAAAUUUGGUCUCUACACGCCUGGAGCUAGAUAUGAAAGUAUACUUAUGUCACUUCCCUUGAGUGCGAACUGGAAGUAUAUGCACAAUCCAGAUCCUGAAAGUAGAGAAGGAAAAUUAACAGAAGUUCUAAAAAAUCCAAAAGAUUGGAUUAAAAUUGAGUAAAAUAACCUUAUAAGUUAAAUUUAAAUGAAUUAAUAUUGUAGAGAAUAUCAUUUUAAAAUUUAAAAUUUGAAUCAAUUCAGAAGGAGCAUAUUAUUAUUAGCUGAUGAAUAGUAUUUCAAAUUCGUUUUUCUGUAUUACCAUUUUAUGAUUGUAUUUUUAUAAUAUUGUUACUAUAGUUAAGUACAUAAUAUAUUUUAUUAUUGUUAAUAAUGAGGGUGUUUUAAAAAUUAAAUAUUAGUAUAUUUUUUAGGUUAUAAGUUAUUACUUACUACACUUUUGGUGUAAAGUAAUUUUAUUAAAUUUAUUUUUUUAAGAAUAAAUCUAUUACAUUAUAUUUUUCAAAGGGUUGAAACCACUAUUUAAGCCAAACAAGAAAACCUUCAUUCAAAAAAGUUUGGAUUAAAUGAAUUCAAAUCAAACGUAUAUGAUAAGGUUGUACAGGUUGUACUAUUAGGUUUCAUUCAACGCCAUUAUAAUUUAUUGUCAUACAAAUAAUUUAAAUUCAUGAGUGUAUUAUACACAUAAUUAUCUAGUUUAUUUGUAUGGAUAGUAAACUUGACACAUAA